GUUUGCUCGCUCUCUUCCUUUUCCUUGUCCUUUGUUCAAAUGGCCAAGCCAACCGCAACUGCCACGUCCAAGCCGAAGGGCCAGACCCCCGCCGCCGACAAGGCGCUCAAGGCUCGCAAGGCCAACGAGAAGGGCACCAACGGCGUCGCCAAGCGCAAGAUCCGCACCACCUCGACCUUCCACCGCCCCAAGACUCUUGCUCUUCCCCGCGCCCCCAAGUACCCCCGCCGCUCGGCUCAGCGCACCAACGCCCUUGAUGCCUACGCCAUCAUCAAGCACCCCCUCACUUCAGAGUCCGCCAUGAAGCUGAUCGAGGACACUAACACCCUCGUCUUCAUCACCGACGUCCGUGCCAACAAGGCUCAGAUCAAGGAUGCCGUUCACAGCCUCUACGACAUCAAGGCUGCCCGCAUCAACACCCUUGUCCGACCUGACGGCUUCAAGAAGGCAUACGUCAAGCUUGCUGCCGACCAGGAGGCUUUGGAGAUUGCCAACAAGAUUGGCAUUAUCUAAGCGACUUGCCAGUUGUUUUGUUUCACUUCUUUGCGAUCUUGCAAUGAAAAUUCCGGUUGUCGUUUUGUUUGCUAGAAUGAAAUGAUACUUUUUCUUG